AAUCCCCCUCUUCACACGCACUCGUCAUACAGGGUAUAAAUAAUAUCUCAAACGCAGUGGAGGCUCAUUGUUAGUUUGUGAACAUGAAGACCUUCAUUUUGUUUUUUUCGUAUUUUAUUUUCCUGUGCAUGUGUGAAUCUGAUUUACAAUGUUCCGGCCCAAAUGAAAUGAUUGACUGUGUUGGAGAUUGUCCUCCUGAGAAAACUUGCAAAACGAAAGACAUACAAUUUAAUUGUUUACUAAAUAAUAAAAGAUGUCAAAUGAAAUGCGUCUGUAAAAAAGGUUUUUAUAGAAAUUUAAUAGGACAAUGUAUAGCUAGUGAAUUAUGUGAUAAAUGUCCUGAAGCCAACGAAUAUUAUAGCUGUGGCGGUGCCUGUGAUAAUGUGUGUGCAGAUUUACAUAAGCAAAACCAAACACAUUGUCCUAUUAGAAACAUAAAAUGUAACGAAAAGUGUUAUUGUAAAGAAGGCUAUGCAAGGAAUAAAAAUAACGUUUGCGUUCCUUUCAAUAAGUGUCAUACUUUGUGCGAGGAACAUGAAGAAUAUCAAGAGUGUAAACGAACCUGUCCACCAGAUACUUGCUUAUCACUAGUAGCCAAGUUUAAAUGUGACAGCAACGCAGCAUGUGCACCAGGAUGCGUUUGUAAGUCUGGCUAUUUACGAAAGAAAUUCGACAAACCAUGUAUGGCAAUUAAUCUAUGUCCAGAAUUGGCAAAUUCGCCAGAUUUCAACUAAAACGUGUAUUUUGAAAUUAAGAUUAAAAAUAAAGGUAUUAAAAAAAGAAAGCAUAUUUUAAUAAUUAUGUGUAUUUAUUAUUUAUUUUUUAACAAAAUUGUACUCUAAUAUACAGUGCAUUCUCUCUGAAUAUACUAAAAUAUAAGCACAAGGAAGCACUGUAAUGUGGCUUUACAUUUCUCUGUAAACUAUGCCACCAAAUAUUACAAGUAAAUAAUCAUAUUUUGAAAUAAGAAUAUCAAGAGAAAAUAUAAGUCACUAGCUACGUUAAUUAGUUUAAUAGUUAAGUCUUAUUACAAACAAAAUGAUUGUCUCAUACUCUAUUAGUCAAAAUACUUUACAUACUAUAUAGUCAAUAUUAAGGAUAAAGUCUGAGUAGUAAACAAGAGUCACAAAUGCAAAUUUAAAAUGAAACAAUUACAAAAAAGAAACAAUUGAACAACUAGAGAAUAAACUAUGCCAAUGACGACAACACUAUCGCAAUAGAAAUAUUGUUUCAAAGUGUU